UUCUUACAUUAAUGUCUGGAUAUUAAGGAACAGAGGUUGUUUUAUUCCAAAACAUCCGUCUGUGCGUUUGUAGCCUUUCCUGAUCGCCGAGAACAUGUGGCCCCGUGGUUGUGUCCUGGACUGCCAGAGGGGGCGCCACAGAGCCGUGUGCGGCAGCAACGGCAGGCUGUAUAAAUCGCCGUGUGCUUUCCAGAGGGCCCGGUGCAUCAACACACAGCUCCGCCCCGCUCCGCGAGCACACUGCUCAGACCCGAGUCAGUCCAAAUGCCAGCUGGCCCGGUCUCAGGCCCUGGAGGCCGGCGCCCACCACAGCGGCGGCCAUGUUAGCCUGGCAGCUGCCAUCUUUGUGCCAGAGUGCGGUCCGGAUGCUCACUUCCUGCCAGUGCAGUGCCACAACCAGACCGGAUACUGCUGGUGCUCCAUGCCCGACGGCAAACCCGUCAGCGGGACCUCGGUCCUCCAUCUGAUGCCCGACUGUACUGAUCACAUCGCCAAGUUACCUCAGACCAGCGAUGCAGAUUCAGCUCCAAUUAAAGAUGAAGUUGGUGAACCAGGACCUACAUUGGAGCCCAGGAAGCCUACAGAGCUGACCGCUCCUCUGCUCUGGGUGACCUUCCUGAUGAACUCUGACCCUAAAGGGAACCGCUCAGUCAGACGACCCUCUGACACUCCUCAGACAUGCGAGCGCGAGCGGGCGUCGCUGCUCUCUCUCUGGCAGGAGGAACGCUUCGUCCCAGAAUGCACUGCGGACGGCCGCUACAGCCCCGCGCAGUGUCACGCUGCCACGGGUUACUGUUGGUGUGUCCGGGUGGACAGCGGCAGGCCGCUGCCGGGCACAUCUGCGAGGAAUCGCAUCCCAGAGUGCACUGGGGCAGAGGAGGCACCAACAGACAGCAGGCCCAGGAAAAACCCUCUGCCUGGCUGUCCCGGAGCUCGUAGGAAGCACUUCCUGCAGAGUCUGGUUAGAGCUCUGCAGCUGGAAGCAGAGCAUGCUGGAAGUGUGAGCCUCUACCAGCCCUCGAACACGCCUCCCUCCAGCUCUCCCUCUCCAUCCUCCAACACCCCAAACUCCGCCGCCCCGUCCUCCGCCGCUCCGGACGACGCUUCUCCCGCCGCUCCGGAGGCCGCGGAGUCCUCCGGGCCAGAGGCGGCGCUGCGGUGGCACUUCGGCCGGCUGGACGCGGACUCCAGCGGGUCGCUGAGCGAACGCGAGGCCCGACCCUUCCGGCAGUUCCUGCGACGGAGGCUGAAGCCGCGACGGUGCGCCAAGAAGUUCGCCCAGCACUGCAACGGAGACCGAAGCCUGACGCUGGAGGAGCUGAGGGUCUGCCUAGGCCUCUAAAGAGAGCAACAGAAGAACUCACCCGAUGCCAAAGGCCGACUGGUUUCCUUCUCCCGCCGCCUCACUCUCACCGAUCACGGUCCUGUUCAUUCGUCCAUAACAUCAAGGACACCAUCUCAAUGCUCGCAUCCUUUUCAACCAGCACUGGCUGAAGGGAGAACUCGUCACCUUUUAUGUGGAUGUUCAAUCAGCGCUGAAUGUAAAUGUAGUCCGCUGAAGAAAUGAAUUCCUCAGAGCGUGCUGCAUCGGCUGAGUAAGCUGCUGUCUCCGUGUACCGGGACGCAUUGCACGCAAGCUACGAGGCUCGCUACGUUACACAAGUUCUCUUUAAGUCUGAUCAUUUCAUUCAAAAUGCCGAUAAAGCAACACCUGAAUCGAAAGAAAAACAACUCGACACCUUCUGAAUUCAGGUUUCUCUCUUGCACCAAACUGAGACGUACUCGUCGUUUAAACUUCCUUCAUAUUAGACAGAAACAAAGUAAAACUCACCAAACGUGUCGGUUCAUUUUUCCACUCUUCCAACAACUAGCAACUCUGGAGGGUGGAAAUAAAAUCCUCAAAUUCACAGAGUGAGAUGUGAUAAUAUGUCUGCUCUACACGCUGUUAUCCCCACGCCGUCUCUCUCUGCCGUGCCGGCUGCCGGAAGAAACAACAGAUUUUUGCAGCUGCCCCCCAGACAUAAAUACACUCUAUCUUUUGUCCUCACUGCCUCCUCAGUCCCACCCUCAACAGGCUGCAGUGGUUCAACAUAACGGCAACAUUUUGAAAUGAACAUGGAAUGACUUCAGCUGAGUAGUUGAGUGUUUACACUACAAAUGGUCAUUUGGGGCUUGAAGUAUUCCUUUAACUCUCCUCUCCUUGGUCCUUUCCUUAAUUUCUUUGAUUCCUUCUUCCUUCUCUAGGUUUCCUGAAUCCUCGCUUCCUUCUUUUGUUCUUCAUCGCACCUUCACUUUUCCCUCUCUCCUUUACUUCAUCUAUUUCUCUCAUUCUUGGUGACUUUCCCUUUCCAGACAUCCUCACCUUUGGUGUUCCCUUCCUCCUACUUCCUACUUCCCUCCCUGCUUUGAACAUACUUUGCUUCCCCAUAUUUUAUAUACAUAUUGCCAAUAUAUUGAUGUAACAUAUUUUGAACAUGUUUAAUUCAUAACUUUGUAUACAUUAUGUUUUAUACAACAUUUUCUAAGAGACCGAUUGAUUGAUUGAAACUCAACUGAAGAACGUCCGAGUCAUUUCCAGUUUUUGAUUCCCUGACGUUUGUAAAUGUGAUUUGAAUAAAGUGAUGAUGUCAUUAAUCGUGUGCCAGUAGUCAUCAGUGCAUGUGAAUGAAGUCCUUCUCUGGUUCUGGUCUCACUGGAAGGCCUGGCUUGUUGCCACAGAAACCGCCGCCCUCAUUGCCCCACGGUAAACAAAUCAACGAAUAAACAGGAAGCAGCAGAGGAGCA